AUGUCUAUUAAGUUACACGCCAAUAUCCUGGACUUGCCGACCGAGAUUCUUUGGGUGAUAGCCGACAAUCUACGGGGACACGAAAUUUCUGCUCUUGCUCGAAGCAGCCGAAUACUCUAUCCCAAGCUCCGGUUAGCCCUAAUAAAAUACAACGUCAGACAUCAGAAUAGCUCUGCGCUUCAUUGGGCUGCGAAAUCCAACAGUACCGACUUUGCAAAGACCUUGCUCUCCUACCGGGCCAACGUUAACGCAUUGGUUGAUGAUUGCUCCCCGUUGAUGACAGCCGUACGUUACGGGUCCAAGUCGACGGUGAAACUUUUUCUAAAAAAUUCAAAAACAAUCAUCAACCUCAGGAAUGCGGCUGGAAGAAGUACCCUGUGGUACAGCGUGGAAAAAGGGUCAUAUUCUAUCGUGAAGAGGCUCCUCCAAUGCCCUGAUAUCGAAAUCGAUCUUUUGGAUCAUGAGGGACAAACUGCGCUCUGGCUUGCCAUCUUUCAAAAAAACGAAAAAUUGGUGCGCUUGCUGCUCUCAAAAGGCGCUGAUCCCUACACGAAGGAUCGGGACGGUGUUUCGCCAUGGAUGGCAGCCUUUAACAGGGCACCCAUGGUAGAUGUGAUCCUGGAACAUUUUGAAACUUUGCGCCCCGAAUCGAAGAGCAAGAUCUGCAGUAGCAUGCCAGAAACGAUUCAUGGUGCCGCAAGCAAAGGAGACUCUGGCGUGUUGCGAAAGCUGCUCCGCCGCGGAGGAGACGUUAAUGCAGUGGACGGCCAAAGAAAAACAGCCUUGCAUCUUGCAGCGAGUAAUGGGCACCGAGAGGCUGCCGAGCUACUACUCAACCAAAAAUCCAUUGAUCUGGCUGCGCUGGAUCAAAGAAACGGCACGCCGCUCCACGCAGCUGCGAUGGGUGGACAUCUCGCAGUGGUAGAUUUGUUGCUACGUCAAAAUGCUCCCGUAAACUGCAAGGACAAUUAUGGAAAUACCCCGCUGUGGUAUUCGACUUCUAGUCAUCGCGACGAUGUCACAGAGAGACUUCUGACCGAAAAUGACGUGGAUAUCAAUACAGUCGGAGGAGGGGGAGAUAUGAUGAGCCCUCUACUUCACUAUACCAUCUGGCAAGAAGAAUGGACACAGUUGUUCUACGAUGGUUCCUUGCAAGACCGACUCUGGACCCAAAUAUCUGCGUGGGCUGUCGAUCACCUCUCCGCCUAG